CUGAACCUCUUUCCUAGCUGAGCUCCUGCAACUAAGCCGCGCUCGGAUCAAGCGCCUUCCUGCAGCUCCGCGGAGAUGCGGCUCCUUGGCAGCCCAGGAGCCCCCGUUCGGCUCCUCCAGCUGCUGCUUCCGGCUUCCCUGGUGCUCGCCGACCCGGACUGGCCACUGCGCGCCGCAACCGGCUCCGCCCAGGCGCUCCUCGGGAACUUUGCUUUCGGCGGCGGCAGCGGCGAGCAACUCUCCUCCGCAAGCGCGAUGGAGAUCCCGGUCUCUCAUUACCCGGCCAACCGAGCCGCCGGCGUGGUGCUCCAUUACCUCACCUAUCAGCGCGGGAGCCCGCACAGGCUGUUCGAAAUGGGGCGAGUGAACCAAGCCAGACUGGAGGACAUUCCAGGUACUGGGCAUAAAUACCACCUUAAGUUUGAAGUGAAACAAAGUAUUCAGAAUGGCAACUCCCUGAAUUGCACAGCCGAGAUACUUUAUCAUCAUGGUGGCACAACUGUCGCUCCUGAAAUACAUUAUGCUAUGGAAGGGGAGUUUGAGACACAUUUGAAAGAAGCAGACAACGUUUUCUACAACAGAAUUCAGCACCUGUCUGAGCCAUUAGAGACUAAAAAUAUACCAGAUAGUUAUGGAAAUAUGCCAGCAGAAAUGAAGCCUAUUUUCAACUUAGCCAAGGUUGCCUCUGGAUAUAUAGUAUGGCAGAAUUCGACAGAAAACACCUGGUACAAUAUGAUUCAAAUUCAAAAUGUCAAACAAGUGAAAAGAAAUGAUGACUAUCUUGAAUUUUCCUACGAGGUUUUAUUCCAUGAUAUUGCCUCCCAGGAAAUUAUUCCUUGGCACAUGCAAGUUCUAUGGCAUCCACAGCAUGGAGUGAAAGUAACACAGAAUAGUCGCCAGUCAAAGUGAUAUUAAUUAAAUCUUACAUGUCCUUAAACUGAUGAGGUAAAAUAACUACAUAUACAGUAACUAUUAAAAAUAUUACUUGGAGGUUUUAGAUACCUUCCAAUUAGACUGAAUACUUACGGUACAGUGGCCUCAAUGCUCUCUCUGAAUGCUACUUUAGGCUUUCCAGUCACACAAGGACAACCGUAUUCUCUUUCCAUUCUCUAAACACAAAGGACACAAAGUUUUUAUUGAUUUAAAUGCACUGCCAAAUAGAUACAUCUUGACUAAACAGCCUAAUUUAAUGCUAUUAAAGCAGUAGAAUUCCAACAGUGCUACCACUGAAACAAAUGCAAGCCAAGAUUGGGGAGGCUGAAGAUACUUCGAUUUCUCCCUAAACAGAAUAUCAUAUGUAACAGAUGCAACCUUGUCUCAUAAUGUGUAAGUGUAGUUUUUUUUUUCUUUAGUAAAAAUGCAUUGCUCCAAAAAUUGAAACCUGGACUUCAGAUAUCGUAAUACAAGAAAAUGCUAGCAAGGGUUACUGAAUGAUUUAUUUGGUGAGAUAUGGAACCAGUCACUGUACUUGGUUCCAACAGGCCAGAUUAAAGAAAUAUUUUUGUCAAGUGACAGCACAACAGAAUCAU